AUGAGAGGCUGGUUCAAAUCAAGGAAAAAUGGUGAAAACCCUCCCGGACUUGGAAUUAUUUCCUAUGCCAGUAGUAGUUCCUCUGGUUCAGACGACGAAGAUAUAGUGUCCCAAAAUAACGUGGAGAACGUGUACAACAUGACACCCGAACAAAGCAAUGCCGAUAAUGGCUUUCUCAAAACUCCGCUACUCAAUAAAAGUCCGAAAUCUCCGGAAAUAUCUGAACAGACACCGCUACUAUCGCAAAGCAAUUCUUCAAUAGAGGCUCCAAAUUUACAUCACAGUUACAAUGAUCCAAGAUCACCUUUGUUUCCUGACACCGGAGUUUUCGCUCGGGUACCAGCGGCACCUUCCAGCCCUCUUUUCAGCGCGGCCAGACCUCAGAAUUCGGCAUACUAUAAGGAUGCCGAAAUAUCAGUUGCUGGGGAAUCGAUAGUUCUUCUUAGGAAUGCGGUGCCUGUAAUAAUAGCUUAUGUUCUACAGGCUUCAAUUCAAGCAAUUUCAGUCCUUGUGGUCGGUAGGCUAUCGCCAGCUGCGCUAUCAGUAUCCGCGUUUUGUUAUAUGUUCGCCACCUGUACCGCAUUGAUGGUAGCUCUUGGUGGCACAACUGCGCUUGAUACUUUAGCUUCUUCCUCAUUUACAGGGUCCAAGAAUAAGACCGACCUUGGGAUACUACUCCAAAGAGCAAUUGUAGUACUGGGUGCUUUAUAUGUACCGUUAGCAACUCUCUGGUGGUUCACGGGGCCCUUCUUUGAAUUGCUUGGGCAGGAGGAUUAUAUUGUACGAGAUGGGCCGAUGUUUUUGAGAUGGUUGAUACCAGGAGGGUUGGGAUAUGUUUAUUUUGAGUGUUUAAAGAAGUAUUUGCAGGCACAAGGCAUAAUGAAGGCUGGUACUUACGUCGUAAUGAUCACCACCCCUCUCAACAUUUUCCUUCAAUAUCUUUUCAUCUACACUUUCGACUUCGGCGUUAAUGGCGCUGCUAUGGCAACAUCAAUAACCUACUGGCUAAGCUUUUUUCUCCUUUGUCUGUACUCCAAGUACGUUGAAGGCUACGAAAGUUGGGGGGGUUGGACAACUGCAUGCCUCAAAAAUACAACCACUUUCCUCCGCCUUGCGAUUCUAGGCACUGUAAUGGUGGGAACUGAAUACUGGGCUUUUGAGAUUGUGGCUAUAAUAGCCGGACGGUUAGGACAAAUCCCAUUAGCAGCACAAGCCAUUGUUAUGACUACGGAUGGAGUUCUCAGUACUAUUCCAUUUGGUAUCGGAAUCGCUACUUCUGUGAGAGUCGGUAAUCUUUUGGGAGCGGGGGAUGCAAGAGGGGCAAGUCGGGCAGCAAAUGUGGCCGCCGGAUUGGCCUUGGGAGUGGGGGUCAUUGUACUGAUCGUAUUGCUCGCUGUCAAAGAUUUCUACGCCAAACUUUUCAACGACGAUGAAGAGGUCGUUAAGUUGACAGCUGAGGUUAUGCCGUGGGUUGCCUUGUUUCAGAUUGCAGAUGGCUUAAAUGGGAGCUGCGGUGGGAGUUUGAGGGGAAUGGGACGGCAACAUGUGGGAGCAAGUGUGAAUAUCGUCACCUACUACUUUGUUGCUUUGCCAGUAGGUAUCUGGCUUGCGUAUGAUGGUUGGGGCCUUGUAGGUCUUUGGAUCGGACAGUGUUUGGCGCUAUACGGCAUUGGAAUUUGCGAGUGGGCAUUGGUUUAUUUCUCGGACUGGGACGUUCAAGUUACCAAUGCCUUAGAUCGCCUCGAUGAUGCAGAUAGGACGGAGAUCGGGGAGGCGCGGCAGUAA